ACUCGUUUUGCAACACUGUUUCCGGCCGGAGACAGCUGAGCCGUUCUCUCUGCAGGAAGCGGUUUGAAGCAGAAAACAAGAACAACAACAGGGGAAGGAAAGAGCGGGGAGAGAGCGAGAGGAUGGCCCGAAACUUUCAGUUCUCUCUUUCAGUUCCCAUUGUACCGUUGCGUCGUCGUUCGGUGUGUUUUUUUUUGCGUGCAAGUGACAAAAGGCAAAUGGCAAAUGAGAAAGAAAAACGCGCUGAAAACAACAGACGAUGCUCGUCAAAAUAGUUAAUUCCUAGUUGUUAAUUCAUAUAUAUUUUGUUCUGUUCGCAAUAACCGCUGUGCAAUAAAAAAAAUCAUUAGCCAAAAAGAGAGAUAAAGAGAGAGAGCAGACGACGGAGUGUAGCGCAUUAGAAUAUAUAGAAAAAAUCGAUUGGAGCACUGGAUCUAACGGGAAAUCGGGCCAAAAUGGUGGGCCUGCUCAAUCCGCUGAAGUAUGGCGACCAUUUCUACGAGCUGUACACGAACAGCACGCGCAGAAAAAUGCAACACGAUCGCAAGGUGUUAACGAAGCGUAAAAGUCGAAAAGAUAAAUCGGCGGCAGCGAUGGCCGCGGCAGCUGCUGCGGCGGUUCUCGAGGGGAAUGCGGGCGCAGGUGGUCUGGUUAAUCCACUAGACCCACCACUGGUCAAGGAGCAACUGCUGAUCCUGCCCUCCUUCCCGGUGGCGCACAUCGGACUGGAUCCGAAUGCGUCCAAAUUUGCGGUAUUCUCGGCGAUUAGAUCCACGGUUCUGGAGGCGGAAACGCGGUACGCUCUGUUCCAGGAGGGUGGAGCCGGCGGCGGUGGCCAGUCCGGAUCGGGCGCGAAGAAGUGGAGCGGCCCCCUGAACUCCUCCUGCUGCAUGAUGUGCGCCCACAGCUGCAUGAUUAGCAACAUUCUCGAUUGCUCCUGUCACGCCCAAUUGGCCAUGCACGGAGCAUUGGGGCCAGGAAAUGGAGCCCCUGGCGGACCGGUGGGUGUGCUAGGCGAGGGUAGAGUACCGGCUCCGGUGCCCGUGGUGGUUGGCGGACCAGGUCUGCCAGCGGAGAAGCGACCACGACGGGACAGCGCCAAUAGUGACGCCGAUUCGGACACGGAGGAGCCCACCGAACGGGAACCCGUCUAUGCCACCGUGCCCCUAAUUGUGGGGGCCGGAUUGCGCAGCCUCUUCGAACUGAUCGCCGAUGCACGGCACGUUCAUCCGCUGCUCUGCACCAAGGCGCUGAAGGCCCUGCUCGACGUCAUCCAGGGCCAGCAACCGGAGAGCUUCAAGCUGGAACCGGAGGAGCUGAUCAAUCCGCUGUACGAUCUGCUCCUCGAUCUGGCCACCAUGCCGGCCGCGCUCAACUCUGCCACGGGUGCGGAGGCCAAUUGGUCGGCCAUGGCCUGUGCCGCCCUCCUGGGGCUCUGCAUCGCCCGCGGUGACACCGGCAAGAUGCUGAAGGCCAUCGCCGCCAUGCUGAUGACGCCGCGCCAGCUCUCCGCCCAGAUUGUCCAGCUGCCGGUGGUGCUGGCCACGCUGCAGCACACGGUGGUCAGUGCGGCCCUGAACAAGCCCACCAGACCGGACUUUCACAGCCACGGUGUGCCGCACAAUUCCUUGAUUGAUGAGUUCCCCCUAAAAUUACCGCCCUCGAGCACGGGUUCACCCAUCACCUCGCCGGCGAUGGCCUGCGAUGGAGUGUUCGUGUACCUACUUUAUGGAGGAACGCUGCUGAAGAUCGGCACUGGCUUUGGGGGAUCCUAUAAGGGACAUGUUUAUGCCCAGAACGAGGACUUCAGCCACGAGCGGAGCGCCUGGCUGGGCUACAGCGGUGGGCAGCUCUACUUUCGGCGCACCUGUCGCCGCAGUGCAGGCGACCAGCUGCAAAUGGUGGGCCUGGACACGCUGGCCAUCAAGGCGAUGAGUCCACUGAGCAUGCUGCACAUGCGCGAAGGUCUCAACUACGUGCUUUUCACGGACGACGACUCACUGCACGCCAUUUGCAGCAACCGCGAUGACACACUGGUGGUGAAGAAGCUAAACCUGUACCACAAUAGCUACAACAUUGACCCGCCGCCCUUCGAGCUGCCCCUUCAGUUGGCCCGCAAGAAGUUCCGCACGCUGGGCUACGCCGCCUUCGAGGAUGAGCUGCUCAACCAGUAUCAGAUUCAGCGCAUCCAAUCGGCCCACAAUAGCUUUGAGCCAAAGCUACCGGCUCCAUGUAGAGAUGCGGAUGUGGAUGUGAUGGGCAUCGCCUGUGGCAAGGAAUUCGGGCUGGUGCGGGCCAGCAAUGGCCGGGUGUACUAUUAUGGAAAAUCAGCUGCCUUGGGACUCAAGUGUGUGGGUCGGACGCCGACUCUGAAACUCACCGAACUGGUCAUCUCCAAGGCGGCGAGUAUAGUCCAUGUGGCCGUGGGACACGAUGGCAUCCAUGCGCUCCUCGUCAACGAUGAUGGAACCGUCUUCUUUGCGGGAACAGCUCGCCGAGGGGAAGACGGUGAUAGCAGCAAGAAUCGGAGGCAACCGAAGGCGGUUAAGCCGAAGAAGAUGACCAAGAUCGAUGGCCAUGUGGUGGUGCAUGCCGCCUGCAACAAUGGCACCUCCGCAUUUGUUACGAAAACCGGCAAACUUAUAAUGUACGGCAAGGAUACGGCCCACUGCGAUGCCAUGGGCUUUGUGAGUGAACUGUUGGAUCAGCAUGUGACUAAGGUGGCGCUAGGCAAGGCGCAUUGUGUGGCCCUCAAUGCCAAGGGACAGCUGUUCUCGUUCGGACUGAACAACAAGGGUCAGUGCGGCAGGAUAUUCAACAAGUUGCAGCCGGUGAAGGAUGUGCCCCCAUUUGCCUCAUCCUCCACGGCCGCCGCCUGUUUUGCAUCCCUGCUGCCACUGGACAAGCGCCUGAAGCUGGACUUCUCCACGCUGUGCGACUACGAUGACCACAACCUGGUGCAGGGUCUGUGCCGGGUGUGCGUCAUCUGUCGGGAGUGCACUGGCUACAAUAUCAGCUGUGUCUCCGCCCUGAAUGUCCCACUGGAUCAGCGUUUGGCGGGCAGCAUAUGUCCCUGUGGACACGGAGAUGCGGGCUGUGCCAAGUGUGGACUGUGCGCCGCCUGCAUUGCCCUCCAGGAUAGCGAUGAAGCCAAAACAGAGCUAAAGCCGCCGCCAAGUGAUGUGCAACAGCGCCAGCAGCGCUCCAAAACCCUCAUCAUGCGUCGCAAGGAGCGCAAGGGCGAACUGGAGACGGGAGCCGCUGGCGGGGGUGCUGCCACGCCCACUGACCUGGACAAGGACCCACCGCGAGUGGCUCCACUGGCACCGCAGCUGCUGCAGCUGACCAGCUCAUCGCCGGUGGUGCAGGUGGCCUGUGGAUUGCACCACACCGUGGUGCUGACUCUAGCCGGUGAGGUCUACACGUUCGGGAGCAAUCAGUACGGACAGUUGGGCAGCGGAGAUCUGCAGCCGGUGAGCGGACCAGUUCGUGUCCAGGUGUCCGGAGCCAUCAGUCAAGUGGCCGCCGGGAGCAAUCACACUGUGCUGCUGACGUCCAAGGGAAUGGUUUACACAUUCGGCAACUACCAGAAGGGACAACUGGGCCGGCUGCCCAGUGAUUAUGGCCUGAAGCCACCGCCCCAGGAGGAUGAUUCGCCGGUGGGCGUGGGAUCCGAUGGCGCAGGAGGAUCAGGAGGAUCGCCGACAGUGGCACCGCUGGGAAUGCCCGGACCGGAACGAUCCCAGUCCCCGGCCACCGUCGCCCAGCCCAGUGGCUCCAAGGAGAUGCCGCCGCUAAUGCCAGUGCUCACCCAACGUCAAAAGUUCCUCUGGAACUGCUCACCCGGAGCUGUAUUUGGCCUGGGUCCCUGCUAUGGCAAAAAGGUGACCUGGAUUGGCGCCAACGGAGAUCAGACCUUCAUUAAGAUAGACGAAUCCCUGAUCACAGCGCAAAUGCUGCCCAAAAUGCAUGUGGUGGCCAACAAGAAGACGAUAUUGCUCAUUCCCAGCAUUCCGUUGUCCUUUCACACGCUCUCCAUAAAUCGCCGGGAUGGAAGUUGCACGGCACAUUACCGCGGACAAACCAAUUUCGUGCAACUAAUGCAGGCACAGCCGGAGCAACUUCAGCCGGAGAUAAACUCCAAUGUGGAUGUGGCUGUGACCCCGGUGGCGGAUUCACCGGCACAUGCCACCUCGUCCACCUCCUCGCUUCUGACGGCCUUGACGGGCACGGCCACGGCUGGGGUGCCCAUCAAUGAGCAGAUGUCGCGGAGCAUGCAUGAGGCACGCAACCAGAUCUUCGAGGAGCAGCCACCGGAUCCGGUGGGAUCUUCCACUGCGGCCACAGUAUCAGCACCUCCUGGCACACCGGGAUCAGCGGGAUCUGGGCCACGACCACGUCGCGUUGGCAAGCAGGGAGCCAGUUCCCCGGAGGCCAUUCCAUCGCCUCCACAACUGGCCUUCACCAUGGAUCCCACCUACAAUGUCCUGUGGGUUUUCGAUGGCGCUGCUCGGAAGUUGCGCUGCCACAAUGUGGUGGCCAGUGACAUCAACGAGAGCGAUGCGAACUCGACCACUUAUCGAUCAUUGCUCUCACCGGAACUAUCCUUGCCGGAUCGAGUGGAUUCCCGAGUGGCCCGCUCGCAGGCCUCUUUGAAUUUACUGGCCUGCCUGGACAUUCUCACAUCGGCCCAGGACAACAUACCCGGAUGCUUUGAGCAGCCGCUGCUUAAGCAAACGCAACAGUCGGCGGAGACGCAGGCCGGGGAAUUCCAGGUGGUCAGCCGCUUCGAUAACUUCGGCGGCGGAUGGGGCUACUCCGGGCACAGCGUGGAGGCCAUACGCUUCUCGGCGGACACGGAUAUCGUGAUCUGCGGCUUCGGGAUGUUCGGCGGACGAGGGGAGUACAGCUGCAAGUUGAAGCUCUUCGACUUGGGCGGCGACGGGGGAGGCUACGAGAAGGAGGGCAUCUUGAUCAGCGAGACCAAGGAGGUGCCGUACGAGUGUGGCGCCAGGAGCAAGCACCAUAUCCUACUGCCCAAACCGGUUAGUGCGGUGGCUGGUAGAUGGUACCUGGUGUGGGCCCGCAUCGCAGGUCCCUCCUCCGAUUGCGGAUCCUGCGGCCAGGCCUCCGUGACGACCGAGGAUCAGGUGGUCUUCUCGUUCAAGUCCAGCAAGAAGGCCAAUAACGGCACCGACGUCAAUUCUGGCCAGAUACCGGCCAUCCUGUACCGCCUGGUCACCCAGGAUUGCAAGCAGACGCCGGCGCAGAUGGACGCCGAUCCGGUGCAGCGAAUUUCGCGGGCAUUUGCCAACAGCGUGAGUCGGGAGUGCUUCGAGAGUCUGGUGGUGCUGCUCAGCUGGUCCUGGGACUGCUUCAAGCUGCAGCUGCGCGAGGAGCGGGAUCGCUCCAGGCCACUGCAGCUGCAGCAGUCGCUGCAGUACCUCGGCUAUGUGAUCAAGUCAUGUCUGCGCCUGCUGCGCAAGUACACCAACGAGAUUUACCCCCAGCGGAGCUCCUCCACAUCGCUGGUGGCGAAUGGAGGCUCCAAUGCAGCCCAUGGCAGUGGCUUGGUGGCCUCCUCCACCCUCUCCAAGAUCCAGGCCAAGACGAAUAAAGACAAGAAUGCCCCCCGCGUUGUGGGCAAUGCAGCCGUGAUGGCCAAGUACUUUGGUGACCCAUCGCCAUCGGUGGCCCCGGCAAUGAUCAGCAGUGGCGGCAGCGGAGGCGUACCAUCCACAUCUUCGGCUUCUGCGGCGGCGGCAACCGGAAGCGGAACUCCUGUGACCCGAAAGACCAACAUGGAGAACAUCCAGCUGGCCGAGUGCAUUGGCAAUGUUCGGGCCCUGCUCAUUGGAAUCUUUUGUGACGACAUCUUCAAGGACAUAGCCACGGAUGAGGGCUACGAUCUCUCGCUGGAGAUCCUGGACGAGUGUCACCUGAGCUUUGUGGCUUGCUUCGAUGCCUUCUAUCCGACCUCCUCGUUGAAGUGGAACUGCCUGUGUGAUCUGCUCGCCCAGAUGGAUCGUGGAGCACUGCACUCCCGCCUGCUCAGUGCGAUCCUGGCGGGCUUGUGCUCGCCAUCGGUGAAGCUCAGGGCCACCUUUUCGCUGCUCAGUGCGGCCGGGAACGAACGCCAGUCGAUCAUCAGUCCCAGCGACAACUCCGGCCUGCCCAUGCUCUCCUCCACGGACGCCCAUCCGUAUCCCGUGCUGGUGGAGCAAAUGAUAUACCGGACACAGCAGGAGAAGAGCGACUUCCUGAGUAACUCGUGGACAUUCAAGGAUGUGCUGGUGCGACUGCUGGACAUCAUUGCCAGUCCCAUACGCUCCCGCAUCGAGGCUAUUUACAGCCGAAGCUUGGGUAGUCUGGGUCGCAGUUAUCCCGGAGGUGGCAAGGAGUGCGUCAAUCAGGGACUAAUCGACAACUGUUGCCAUCUGCUGGCCAGAGUUCUGGCCGAGAUCGUCUACCAAACGGCCAUGGGGGAAUUCGACAAACUGUUCAUGCCGCCCAGAACGCUCCAUUCGACCGGAGCUCGGUUCGCCCGCUGCGAUGUGAGCCGCACCUGGAACACGGGUAACUUUGGACCCGACGCCAUCGCCUUCGCCGUGGAUCGACCUGGUGUGGCCAUAGCUGGCGCCAUGGUUUACUCGGGAUCCGGGAGCUACGACUAUCAGUUGGAGUUGCUGUACGACAAUACGGCGGACUUGCAGCCGCAGCACAAGUGGGAGACUUUGGAGUCGGUGUCGGGGAGCUACGACCAGGAGGCGGUGCACAACGAUCUGGCGGAGAUCAAGUUCGACCAUCCGGUGCAUAUUAAGGAGAACGCCCGCUACGCUUUGAGGCUGUGCUCCCAGGGAGCUCGCACCUGCAGCGGCGAUGCCGGAAUGUCGACCGUCCGAGGACCAUGUGGCGCCCAGUUCCACUUCUAUGCCUGCGAUCUGAGCUUCAAUGGCACCACUCCGGCCAGGGGUCAAUUGCCGUGCAUCCUGUACUACAGCACACCCAUGAAACAGGACGGAAAUGCGGCCAGUGGUGGACGAGGAGGUACAGAUGGCUCGAAUGUGGCCAAUCACAUGGAGGAGCGCCUGAUGCUUCUGGGCCCCCAUGAGGUCUCCACCCGCGAUACGGCCCUACAAAUCGCCGCUGAUAUAACCAAAAAAUGUACCGAACUAUUGAUCCUGGCACGCAAUGCCAUGGCCGCCUCGUGCUCGCCCUCGGACAAUAGUUCCAAUCACACGCAGACCAUCGAUUCGGAGCACAAUAUCACACCCAUCGAGGAGCACAUGGACAUCAAUUGGGCGAAUAACUCGAGGACAGCGGCCCAGCUGCCUGCUGCAGGGGAUCCGCAGCUGUCCACCGCCAGGGAUUUGGGCAAACGCAUCGAGUCCUUCUCGAAGGGCCUCAUGGAGACACUUAAGUUUGACAAGCGAUCAACGAACCCCUUCGAGAUGGAAAUCGAGAUUGGAGCCACCGAAGUGGAGGAGUCGGCAGAUUUGAGGAAUGGCCAGAGUCAGAGCCAGAGCCAGAGCCAAGUUCAAAGCCACAGUGUGCCGAUAAAUGGGAACGAGAGGACCACGGACUUUGAGGUAGCCGAGCUGCCGGUGCAACAAACCGUGACCGUGCAUUCCGAUUCGGAGGAGGCUCCCCUGGAGGUGGCCGGCAUAGCGGCUGCUUCUGCUGCUCCGGCUGCUCCUCUUGGUGGCGGCGGCGGCGGUGGAGCCAGUAUAGCCGGUGAAUCCGGCGGUGUGGGUGCCGUGGGCAGCCAAGUGGCCGCCGUGCAGCUGCUGGAGGUCUUCAAUCUGUCCGCCUCCAAUAUGUUCCAUACGCUAUUGCCCCUGGUCUAUGCACACAUUGCCAAUCUGGCCUGCAGUGAUCCCAAGAGCUCCGUCCAGAUUCUCGGCCUGAUCAAGGAGAUCCUGCCGCACAUAGCUGCCCUGAAUCAGCUGCAUGUGUCCAAGGACCAGCGUCAGCCGGAGCCUGCCAUCUUCGCGCCACAGAACUCCAGUUCGGGGUCCAAUUCGAGCAGCAGCAGCAGCACCACAAGCAACCACUACUGCCUGGUGGAGAGUGAGCACCCCUAUCGCAGUGCCAGCAUCAGUAGCUAUCGCGUGGAAUUCCCGCCCUGCGUCCAGUGGCUCACCAUCGAGUUUGAUCCGCAGUGUGGCACUGCCCAACUGGAGGACUACCUGCUCCUCUCGAUUCCCAUGCGUCCGGCUUCGCAGCAGGCACAGUCUGUUCCGCAUGUGGACGACUAUCUGGAGCAGGCAGAUAACUAUGCACAUGGUGCUGGGGCGGACAGGAGACGCACUGCGGGAGGUGGCGUAGCCACAGCACCACCUAGCUCCCACCAGCGAUCCGCCAGUGUCCAGCUGACCAUGGCCAGUUGCUGUCGCAGUCCGGGUGGCGGAAACGCACCAGGAUCCGCAACGGCUGCCAGUUCCAUGCCUCCGCUGCGCAGCCAGGAUCCCAAUGACAGGGAGUGGAUUGUGGUCAAGAAGUUCAACACAGCCUCCACCUGGCUCCACAAUGUUCUCAUUCUGCCCGGCAACUGUGUGGAAUUCUCCUUGGAGACGGCCUCACUUUACGCCCAGGAUCCGCACAACAAUCGCUAUGGCUUCAAGUGUCUGGUGGUGGGCUACGACAACCCCACAUCGAUCAAUGCCAGCAACUCGUGUCUCAUUCGAUUGGAACAGGAGUUGGCCUACUUGGCCGGCAUGUGCAGUGCCAAUCUCAUGAAGAAGGAACUCAAUCUGCCAGAUGACAAGGAUGUGGAGGACAUGAGCGGCAUCGAGGAGACCAUCAACACCCAUCACACCCUGCUCUCUAAGGGAUUUGCCCUAUCCGAACCCCAGUUGACCGUGCAUCAGGCUCUGGAAUCGUAUUUGCCCAUCGGGUGA